UCCUAAAUACCAAACCAGCAGCAGCAGCAGCAAGAAAACUACAUCCUGGAAGAAGUUUUACAUCCAUGAAGUUGUGAAUUAAAGCUGCCGGAGCUCCUAAAAAAAAAAAAAAAAACGACGCAGGAGGCAGAAAAAGAGAGAGAGACUGGGAGAGAAAGAGACUCACAUCCGACAUCCAAGUGAGGCUGCCAGGCUUUUACGCGGAAAGCCACUUUAUAGCGACUUUUCUAAGAAGAAACUUAAAACAUAUCCACAGAAGUUUUCAAGUCAUUUCUACGGAGCAAAAAACUCUUGAAGAUGAGUCACUUCUGAACCAGAGCACCGAGGAAGUUCUUCCAUCGUCCUUUCAGCUUUAAAUACAGACAAAGAAAGAGCUCAGAUAUUUAGCCUUGACAGCGCAGCCAUGGACUCGGGAAAGCAAAUAACGUUCCCGUUGAUGAUGUGUGUUGGAGCAGCUGUGAUUGGCUCUCUGCAGUUUGGCUACAACACGGGUGUCAUCAAUGCCCCUCAAAAGAUCAUUGAGAACUUCAUCAAUGAGACAUGGUUUGAUCGCUACCAGGAGCAGAUCACCAAAGGCUCCCUCACAGCUAUCUGGUCCAUCUCCGUCUCUAUCUUCUCUGUUGGUGGCAUCUUUGGCUCCUUCUCCGUCGGACUGUUUGUCAACCGCUUUGGAAGGAGGAACUCUAUGCUCAUGGCCAAUGUCCUGGCCUUCAUCGCGUCUGCUCUGAUGGGCUUUUCAAAGAUGGCGAAGUCCUGGGAAAUGUUGAUUGUUGGUCGUUUCGUGGUGGGCCUCUACUCUGGCCUCUCCACAGGCUUCGUGCCCAUGUAUGUGGGUGAGGUUUCCCCAACUAACUUACGAGGAGCGUUGGGUACCCUCCACCAGCUGGGCAUCGUCUUGGGGAUCCUCAUCGCACAGGUGUUUGGAUUGGAGUCAAUUAUGGGCACCGCUGACUUGUGGCCUCUCCUCUUGGCCUUCAUCUUCAUUCUUGCUGUGCUGCAGUGCAUCCUGCUGCCCCUCUGCCCUGAGAGCCCCCGUUUUCUGCUCAUCAACAAAAACGAAGAGAACAAGGCCAAGUCUGUGCUGAAGAAGCUCAGAGGCACCACGGAUGUGAGCGCUGACAUGCAGGAGAUGAAGGAGGAGAGCCGGCAGAUGAUGAGGGAGAAGAAGGUGACCAUCCCGGAGCUUUUCCGCCAGCCCCUCUACCGCCAGCCACUUUUGAUUGCCGUCAUUCUGCAGCUCUCCCAGCAGCUGUCUGGCAUCAACGCUGUAUUCUACUACUCCACUGAUAUCUUUGAAAAAGCCGGAGUUGAGCAGCCAGUCUAUGCCACCAUUGGAGCCGGUGUCGUUAACACAGCUUUCACUGUGGUGUCGCUGUUUGUCGUGGAGCGUGCCGGUCGCAGGUCUCUGCAUAUGCUGGGGCUGCUGGGAAUGGCUGGAGCUGCCAUCCUGUUGACUAUUGCCUUGGCUCUGCUGGAACAGCUCAAGUGGAUGUCAUAUUUGAGCAUCGUGGCCAUUUUUGCCUUUGUUGCAUUCUUUGAGAUUGGACCCGGUCCCAUCCCCUGGUUCAUCGUGGCAGAGUUGUUUUCGCAGGGACCUAGGCCUUCAGCCAUGGCUGUCGCUGGUUUCUCCAACUGGACUGCCAACUUCAUAGUGGGAAUGGGCUUCCCGUAUAUAGCGGAACUGUGUGGCCCCUACGUGUUUGUCAUCUUCACUCUGCUGCUGCUGGUGUUCUUCAUCUUCACCUACUUCAAGGUACCAGAGACCAGGGGCCGGACAUUUGACGAGAUCUCGUCCGGCUUCCGCCAGACAGCCGCCACCGGAGGAGAAAAGCACACGCCGGAGGAGCUCAACAGCCUGGGAGCUGACUCUCAGCUUUGAGCGACUGCAUUUAACUCUCUAACAAACUCUUUCUCAGACCGAGGAGGGACGAGAAGGGUCUACUAACUAGCAGUAGACAGAUCCAUUGGUAGAGUAAUUUUCUCACUGUCACCACAUUUCGGGCGUCAUUACCAAACACAGAGCAGCCUUGUGUGAUUCUCCAACAUGACGUCUUCUGCUGCCCUUCUCAUGUCACAUAAAGAAACAGAAACUUGAUCAGCGCAAUGUCGCCUGGUGGAUGUGGAGAGGGCAGUUGAGGAUAGAUUGGGAAGGGUUUUUUUUAAUAUUGUAAAGAUAUUUUAAAGAAGGAAAAAUGAGUGUCUGUAUCAGUCAACCAACCUUUUUUAAUAACUUUUUCACUGAAUAUAUCACUGAUAUUUGCUUAUGCUGUGUUCUUUGUAGCCUGUUACAAUACAGUCAGUUUGUUGUUAUCUGCUAAAGGAGUGCUGUAGGCUGUAGAGAUCAGUGUCACUGUGCGAAAUACUUUUUUUUAUCGAACAUACUGUAAUGCUGUAUCACUGUAGACUGGCACUGUAGAUUCUUCACAGCUUGACUUUACUUCUCUCCACCAGAUGGAGCUCUACCCUUAAAAAAGGUCGGCACUGACAAGGAAUAAGUUGUUGUGCUUGUACCUUUUCCAAAAACGUUAACGAAUACAACAAACUGUGAUAUGCUAAGGAUAUGAAUUUCCUCCAUGAAAUUUUAAGAUGAACAGUAACCCACCUGUUACAUAUAUUUGUUACUUAUUUACUGAUAGAUGAUAUAGAUAUAUAUAUAUAUAUUUUCUGGUUGACAUCUUUUAAAUUUUGUUUUUUGGCCAUGAAGACAAAUCAUGAAAUUCAUUUAUGCCAUUUUUUCUUUUUAUUCCACCAUUCCUUUUUAGCAACACAUUCGUAUUUAAGUGGGACUGUGCAAAGAAAGAACAAUAUCUGCACAGAUUAGUUGCAGAGCGCUGAACUUGGCAUUGAAGCUGAAUAAAUGAAUCAUUCAUCCACUUAUACCAUAACAUGAGAUAAAUAAACAUUCACAAUCAGCAGCCACAAAACCAAAGUCUGUCUCACAAAACCAGGACAGUUGUGAGUUUUAAGUGCCUGUCUAAAACAAUCAAGCUUCCUCCGCCUCCCUUUUCAACCUUAUCACUUUGGAGGAGUUUCAGGUCAGACCGGUCUGAUCCAGACUGUCAGUGGAGGAAUCUUUACUUAUGUAUUUCUGAGUCGAGAUUUCCUGUGGAGUUUUUUUUUUCUAACAGUCUGGUGAAUUGGCUGUCUGGAUCUUUUCACACAAAAAUGGGAGCUGAAUGCUGUUCUGCUGUGUGACAACUGCGAAGCAUCUUCAGAAAAAUGAAAGAAAAGAAUAAAGAAAUAAUGGGGACCAAAAAUGAAUGCCAGCCUCUGUAGAAAGUUCUUAUUGUCCUGAAAGUGCCUGUCAACCAUCUUGGGUCAAACUCGCAGUGUUCUUUGCAAUCUGUAAAACCCGAAAUUUCCCCUAGGAGGUGGAUACUUGUUGCUAUUAUCUGAGGCCUGUUUUGUGCAGUAAUGUUUAGCUCUCUCUUUCGGUUGUGUCUACUGUAUUCAGUUGCUGGUCUGGCUUUACAGGUAGCUGUCUAUGACUGCUGUAUCACUUCAAUUCUUUCUCCUCUUUAAACAUUUUAUUUGAGGAAAGUUAUCUUUUUAGCUGCACUUUAUUAUUCACGGUGAUAUUUCUUUGUCACAGAAACAUUUUGUGCUUGUUUUAGUUGUUUGUGGUGUUCAUUCUUUGUUACUGAAGAGAGACUGAAGUACUGCUGAUGGAUUACUUGAUGUUUUUGAAAUGGGAUUGUAUCAUUUGUUUAUAUCUGUUUCUUGGUCUUGUAUAGAGCACAUUUAGGUGUGUACACAACCAGGUCAGUUGUAAGUAAUGAUGGUGAUAUUCAUAGUCUCAUUGAGGCUUUGACCCAAAUCCAACCCUGUUGUCAAAAAUUCAUCAUUCCUAAACUGGUUGUUAAUUAUUGUACAUAGUAGAUCUUUAUAGUAGAUGGGUGACCUCGCCCAUCCUGGAAAGCACUGACAUCCGCUCUUUGUGCCUUUUGUGUGGCUCUCACACAUCGUCACCAGCAGAAACAUGUAAUGGCACCAAAAUACUGCCAUCACAGCAGAAAAAUGAAGGUGUAUUUCUCCACACAGACUGAUGUCUGUUGCAAAUAACUGUACAUACAUACUGUUGAUUCACACUCCUGCUUGGGCAUUUAAUUACUCCUGUAGUCUCUAAAUCUCCAUUUUGGCACAGGUUGCUGUCCUAAACACAACCUGAUGUAAAUAUGACACACACUACAGUCUCACACACUCCAAAUUAAAAAUGAAAUUGUUUAAAACCUUUUUGAUAGAUAAUGUAACGAUUAUUACUGUAGUGCUGUACAUCUCAUUGCAUUUAGCCUCCACACUUUUACUCCCUUCUUGAUUUGACACCUGAAAAUAAGUUGUGGCCUAAUAAUAUUUUAAUAAUUUUAAUUCAGAUUUUACAUGUAAGUAUUGUUGUUAAUGAGAUUCAUCCAGUAGUAUUUUCAUUUUAGUGCACAGAGCGUAUUUUAAUAUUUGUAAUAAUAAAAGGUCUGUGUGCAUGGUGUCCUCUGUUGUGGAAAUAUAAAUUGCGAUGGAUGAUGUCUUGAAUGGUUCUAUGGUCUUGUGUAAGUGGUUUAAUGGCUGAAUAAAAUAAAUCCUGCAUACAGA